UGCAUCAUGAGGCAUGUGCAGAGUGCUCCCCGGGCCAUUUCAACUUCUGGAAGCGGGCUGAAGCAAAGCAUUGCCAAGGGACACCAGCACACCUGGGCUGUUGGAGCGCGCAGUAUGCGAAUCCCUGAGAGAGAGGUUUCUGCAGCCAGAACGAAAGUGGCACGUACACCCCACCUGAACCUGCAGCCCCAGGAACGCCAGGCAUUUUACAGACUCCUUGAAAACGAUAUGAUUCAGGAGUUUCUUUCAAUGGACUGCUGUCUACGCAUUUCGGACAAGUACCUUAUUGCCAUGGUACUUGCAUAUUUUAAAAGGGCUGGCUUUCAUACCAGUGAAUUCACAACAAUGAACUUCUUUGUUGCCCUAUACCUGGCAAAUGAUAUGGAAGAAGAUGAAGAAGACUACAAAUAUGAGAUAUUUCCUUGGGCACUGGGAGCUUCUUGGCGGGACCUGUUCCCCCAGUUCUUGCAUCUUAGGGACAGCUUUUGGGCAAAAAUGAACUACAGAGCAGUUGUAAGCAGGAGGUGUUGUGAUGAGGUGAUGUCUAAAGACCCCUCUCACUGGGUAUGGCAACGGGAACGACCAAUUCACCACAGUGGAGCAUUGCGUGGUUAUCUAAGAAAUGAGGAGGACCUGUUUCCACGGGGUCCUGGUUUUACUCCGCCUAGUUGCAUUCUUUGCAGGAGAGCCAGCCUUUGUGAUUCAGACACAGAACUGCUAGUGGAUCCACAAACCUAUGAUAUUCACAUACUACAGGAGCCCCUGGUUGGACUGGAACCAGGAGGGACAGACUUGGAUUGGCACCUGUAACAUACCUGUCUGAUGCUUGGGUCUGCUUUCACCAAAUAUGCACUUAUCACUGUGUUCUCUGCCAAUUUCUAGUUUCCCUUCAUUACCCCAGAUAGGCAUGUGACUGGUGGAAAAAAAAAACUUGUAUAAAGAAAUGUUAAAUUGAAAGUGUUUUGCAUGUCCUUUUGAUUGUUUUUUGUAAAUACAGCAUAUGUAAAUGUACACUCUGGUCUGGUAACUAAUAAAGGUCAGC